AUGAAGAUAAACAUUGAACUACUUAAAGCGAUUAUUUUAGGUAGUAACUUCAAUGAGUUGACAUCAUCAUCGAUAGAGGUUGUAAACAAUAAUAGUAGUAGUAGUAGUCCUCAACAACAAUCACCUCCAUCACCAAAGGUAUCGGUUCGAAGCAGUACAAAACUGCCUCAACCUCAGCCUCAACCUCCAAAGACACAACUACAGACAUCAUCACAAGGCAUAACCAAACCAAUACCUCCUCCAAGAUCAGCAAGCAACCUCAGCUCCCUAAACAUCAACAACAACAACAACAGUAAUAAUAGCAACAACAACAACAACAAUAGCAAUAGCAGUGUAAAUACAAUCAAUGAACCAACAACACCAAUCUCAUCAGACAAGCAGCAACAACAACAACAGCCAUCAACACCAAAUAACAACAACAACACAAAUAAUAAUCACAUACCAUUUGUAUUAACAUCAACGCUUGUACCAUUGUCGACAUCAUUUUCACCAAGCAGCUCAUCACUGCUAUCAUCUGGCAACUCUCCCAACACAUUCUCUCCACUCAACAGUUAUCUCAACAACUCCUUCCUCGACUUUGAAUCGAGUGUUUCACCGCCAACAUCUCCAACAUCCAGCACACACAUCACAACAUCAUCACCGUCGCCGCCAACAUCAGCAGCACCAUCAGCGUCAGCAUCGACAUCUACCCCCGCCACCGGAUCAGCAACGAAUGUACAGCAGUCCAAACAACCUACACCACAGCCGCCACAGUCACAGUCACAGCCACCACUGCCUCAGCCACGACGACAAAGCCACAGCUCGCUGCGGCCACCCAAUCAUCACCACCGACUGAAACAGAGGACGCUGUUUGAGAAGCUCUACACAGAGUCGGGCUUCAACACAGCCAAGAACUGGUACGAACGCAACACACAGCAGACAGACUUCACGAUGGGCGAGGCGCAGUUCCUGCUCUUUAUGCGCCACCUCACCGACUUUAGCUACUUCCACAUCCUCGACCUCUUUGACGCGCUGGACCGCGAUGACAUUGGCGUCGUCGGCUUCGAGGAGUUCUUCCUCAUCAUCGCACUGUUUGCCUCGCGUGAGUGUGGCCAGACCACCAAGUUCCUCUACCAGCACAGCCGCGUAAUGUUUGAGAUCCUGGCGGCAGGUGGAGCCGAUCUGCCCGAGGUCGUGGACGAUGGCAGUGGUGGCGGCGGCGACAUCUCUGGCUCCGGUGGCAUGGGCAUGGCGUCGGGCCCUGGCAACACAUCACUCCAGCAGCAGGCAGGCGCUUCGUCUGCGUCCGACGACCACACGAUCAACUUCCACCGGUUCACCAAGUUUGCCAAGAUCCUGGGUAUUGCAGAGUAUCAGGUGCUGGGUACGCUGGAGAAGUUCAACAUUGUCAUCUUUGAUCAGAUCAACUUUGAGAUGUUCCUCGUCUACUACUUUGUCAUCCUGGACGAGUGGGAUCGCUCCAACUACGCGUUCCUCAAGGCGCUCUACCACGACCCAGACUACACCGAGCCGUUCGUGCCAUACGACGAGAGCACGGGAGACAACACAUCGACACCGGGCAGCAGCACACCACCUAUCAGCUUCAACAAGGACUUUCAAGAGUGGCUCGAUGGCAACAGCAUCAAGCUGGACGACAAGCACAAGAACUACCUCAAGGCACAUCUAUUGGAGAAUCACAUCGUUUCAUUCGAGAUUGCUGCGUCCAUCACAGAGGAGGAGUGGGCAGAGAUAUGCGACAAGAUGGCCACUCGCAAGGCCUUCCUCAAAGCACUGCGAGAGAAGCUAAUACGUAGACAACCUCCAAAAAGGUUACUAUCUCGUGUCUUUGGCGACCUUGGCAGCAACACAAGUAGUAAUAGUAGUAGUAGUGGUAGUGGCGGCACUACUUCCAACUCCAACAACAAUAGUACACCAGUGAGCAAGUGA